AUGCCGCAGGGAAACGCGAUGGGCCUUGCUGAUCGAAACGGUACCCUCAUAAUGUGCCUCCUUUCUCAAGCCUGGGCAAAUUCAUUCGAUAAUCAACGUGUGUAUAAUGCAUCCAGAUUCCAAAGCACUUAUAGCCAGCGUCGAAAACGCUGCACGCACCCUUGAUGCCUACGAUCCUUACAUAUAUUUCAAAUACGCUGCGGAUUAG